AGAGAGAAACAAAUAGAGAGCGCGAGUGAUUGAGCCGAGGCAGUCAUAGAGCAACACAGGGAGAGAAAGAGAGAGAGAGAGAGAGCGGCGAGAAAGAGAGAGGGUGAGGAGAGAGGAGAAAGUGAACGAGUGAAUGAGAGAGUGAAGGAAAGAGAAGAGACACGCGAGAGAACGAGUGACUUUUUUGUGGUCGUGUCUUGCCGGAGCAAUCGAGGAACACCAUGCAGCCUUUGACCUGGAUCCUGGUGCUGUUGCUAACGGCGCUUCUGUGCGGACCAGGGAGCCUGGCGUCGCGGACGGCCGACUUCCAGCACCACCGCUACGAGGAGCUGGUGCGGGCGCUCUUCGCCGUGCAGAGCGAGUGCCCUUACGUCACGCGUAUCUACAGCAUCGGGCGCAGUGUGGAAGGACGCCACCUUUACGUGCUGGAGUUCAGCGACAACCCGGGCAUCCAUGAAGCACUGGAGCCCGAGUUCAAGUACGUGGGCAACAUGCACGGGAAUGAGGUUCUGGGCCGAGAACUCCUCAUCCAGCUCGCCAAGUUCCUGUGUGAGGAAUACCGCGCCGGCAACGAGCGAAUCACACGCCUCAUCCACGACACGCGCAUCCACAUCCUGCCAUCCAUGAACCCCGACGGCUAUGAGGUCGCCGCGGCACAGGGUCCCGAGUUUAAUGGCUACCUGGUGGGUCGAGGCAACUCCAGGGAAGUGGACCUGAACCGGAAUUUUCCGGAUCUGAACGCCCUGCUGUAUUACUACGAGAAGAGUAACGGGCGGAACCACCACCUGCCACUGCCUGAUAACUGGGAAGAACAGGUGGAGCCUGAGACUCUGUCAGUGAUCAAGUGGAUGCAGAACUAUAACUUUGUUCUGUCGGCGAACCUCCAUGGGGGUGCCGUGGUGGCCAACUACCCCUUCGACAAAUCCCGGGAGGCCCGCAUCCGGGGCAAGACCACAUACUCCGCCACCCCCGACGACAAGCUCUUCAAAAAGCUGGCAAAAACCUACUCCUACGCCCACAGCUGGAUGCACAAAGGCUGGAAUUGUGGAGACUACUUUGAUGAAGGGAUUACCAACGGGGCCCGCUGGUACUCGCUUUCCAAAGGAAUGCAGGACUUUAACUACCUCUACAGUAACUGCUUUGAGAUCACGCUGGAGCUGAGCUGUGAUAAAUUCCCCCCGGCCUCCGCUCUGCACAGGGAGUGGAUUGGCAACAGGGAGGCCCUCAUCUCCUACCUGGAGCAGGUGCACCAUGGGAUCAAAGGCAUGGUCUAUGAUGAGAACAACAACCCCAUCCGAGAUGCUGAGAUUGCUGUGGUGGGCAUAACCCAUGACAUCACUAGUGGUGCGGACGGGGACUAUUUCCGACUGCUCUUGCCCGGCACGUACACGGUGACGGCGUCGGCUCCCGGCUACCAGGCCGUCACUAAGCAGGUGACGGUGGGCCCGGCCGAAGCCAUAGUGUUAAACUUCAGUCUGAAAACAGCACCCAAAGGAAUCAAUCUGAAUCUGAAGAGCCAACACAGCAAGAAAAGUCCAUCCACAGCCAAAGUGUCCCCAGCCAAUCCUGGCCCUCGAUGAGUCAGAGAUAGCUUAAAAAACAUGGACUCUGUUUCUCUCAUAAACCCCCCUUUAUAUCCCCAUAAUGUUUUGGGUUAAUUAUAUUGUAAUAUUUUAUUGUUUUACAAACCUCAGUUGUUUGUGUAAGUACAGCAGGUUUUUUUCAUCAUUGUAUUUUGUUUUGUCUUUUGAUAUUUAUGUGUUACUCGUGUGUGUAUGUACCAUACAGUUUUGAAAAGGAAGAAAGGGAAAAAGAGUGUAGAAAAUAGGGCUACAGACAGAAAACAAACUUUUGUUUUGUUCAUUUGCCAGACAGACAGCCCUGUGUCUUAAACUAAAACUCUGAUUUUGUUCAAUUUUUCUACACAAUAAGCUGUCACGUGUUCAAGGAGUACUGAAGAACAUUCAUUUCACUUGAACUGACAAACACAGCGUGCCAUUUUCAUCAAAGCUAUUUCAAUGAAAUCUUCCUUUCGAUGUGUAAUUAAAAUGUAGCUAAGUGUUUUUCAGUUUAUUUUUAGCAAACGUUCCAGUCCUUGCCUCAAUUUUAGAUAUUUUUAUUGCAAGCUUUUGGUGAGUAGUAGGCCUCCCAGGGGUCCAGAUAUUGUGUGACCUCUCAACUCUGUGGUCAUUACUUGGUUCAUCUGAGCAGUACUUGAAGUCCCAUCAAAGUUGAACACUCAAUGUGAAUGUAAAAAACCUUCAAUGCAUGCCUCAACUUCAUUUUUUUUACAACUCCCCAUACAUUCUCAAAUGGUGCUGUUCUUCUGUGAAUUAGCAAUUGAUCAACACAUUGUUCCUAGUGAUUGCAUUUUGAACAUUUUGAAACUGUUUUGUCUGUGUAAUGAAAGAAAAUAUAUAUUACAUACA